GUUAAAUUCAAACAAUUUACUAACGAUUUGAUAUGUCAGUUAAAUUCCCUUAGUGGGUGAAUGUCACUUCAAAUAUAAAGAGAGAACACGGAACAAAUGACUAUUUGUCGUCUCCGAUAAGUGUAUUCCUACUUCUCGCAACACUUCUCGGCUCAGGAGGACCCAGGGGUAAUACAAAAGUACAGAUUGCUGAAGCCUUGGAACUUGACGAUUUCAAAGAACAUGAUAAAUUCGUUUCACGGAUGUUUGCCCUACUGUAUCAUAAUUUGACAGAUGAAAAGAGAAACGGAAACCAAAUUGUUUCCCUAGGAAAUGGAAUGUUUCUGAAAAAUGAAGUUAAUAUAAAACUGAAAUUUUUGACCAGGAUGAAAAAUAUAUUUUACAAUGACGUUUUUAACGUAGACUUCACAAAAACCGACGAUGCUACAAAAAAUAUUAAUGAAUGGGUCAGUAACAAAACAAAUAAAAUGAUUCCUACAAUCUUGGAGGAACCACUACCACAGACGACUGUUCUUGCAUUAAUCAAUACUCUUUACUUUAAAGAAAAAUGGAACAAGCCAUUUGCCAACCAUUCGACCACAGAGGGUGACUUUAAGCCUAGCAAUCAACCCAUAAUGAAAAUAUCAAUGAUGCACAUAACCGAAAGAAUUGAUUACGGUACAUUUCCACGAUUUCGAAUUCAUAUGAUUAGUAAAUCAUUCAUGAAUCCACGAUUUACUUUUAUAGUAAUAUUACCAACGGAAUCAGGAAAAAUUGAAUAUGCAGAUAAAGUAUUGCGAGGUAAAAUAAAACUGCCUCAUUUGGUGAGUAAACUUCGAAGUGAACAAGUCGCUUUAUCGUUACCGAGAUUCCGGUUGAAUUUUUCACUCGAUCUUAUUGAAACACUAAAAAAGAUGUAUAUCACUGAUCUAUUUGAUCCAGUCGAAGCAAAUCUUGAAGGAAUUACGGAUGCUAAAAUAUAUGUCCAAGUUCUUCAACAAAGUAUUGCUAUGAAAGUCAAUGAGGAGGGUGUGGAGGCGGCAGCUGCAACAGCAAUGGGUAUUGGUUUAAGAAGCGCUAGACCUCCUCCCAGCAUUCGAUUUGAUGUUAAUGAGUCAUUUAUUUGUUAUAUUUACGACAAAGUACUGAAAACCAGUUUGUUUGCCGGUCGAAUAAUAAAACCUAUACCUUUAACAAAUGAUAAAUGAAUGAAAUCUAGAAUGUAUUCAAAAUACGAGACAUUUCAUUAUAACAACAAUUUUCGUACACCUGCUCUGGUAAUUUAUAGAUGAUGUAUUCACUAAGUAGC